AAGGCGUGAACCAUCAUCGAAUUGAUAUCCCACUCCAGAGACAACGCAACGAGUUCAACAAGGAAAUUGACGGGUCUAUUUUCUUUCAUCAAACUCUCAUGGACCAUUCUCUUUAUUCUCGAUUUGCGGUUCUUUGAGAUACUCGCGCCCCUAACGUGAGACUACCGCGGCCAACUCCGCACCAUCCAUCAAGUCGACGUGCGAUCAAUCCAUUCUUAUCAAACCGACUUCGGAUCCGGCAUCGUGCCGUUGCGUUUAUUAUAUCCAUGUUUGCGACCUAAACAAAUAUUUCAUCAAAGUCGAGCGGACCACAUCGGCCGAGAUAUCGUCAUAAUCGCUAGCCCCCGCGGCGCAGCGCGACCACAACACGAUGGCGCCAGUUGGACCUAUAGUCCAUCAAAAUGUCGCCAACAAAGUGAAGCGUCCAGUCCCUCCUGGCAUCCAGACGAAUGGCGCUAUAACCUCCUCAAAAUCAUCACCAUCUCCAUCAAUGUCAGCAAAGAAACCUCCGCCGAGUGCCAAGCAGCCGCCGCACUCGGCGAGCGACAGGGCUAUUACCGCAUCAACCGUCCGACCUGUCAACAGAGCCCGACGAGAAACCGCAUCGCAGUUGCAAGGUCGGCACUCUAGGAACAGUGCUGGCCUACGAUCAGCGUCAUUAGCGGCAGACCACUCCAGUCAUGACGCGGAGCCUCGACCCUACAAUUCCUACAUCUUGAAUAAGUUUGCCGGCCGACCUCCUUCUCUUGUCUGUCAUCUACACACAACACAUUUCCGAUUCGAUAACCAAGAUGGCGUGUUUCCAUACAAGUCACCGAUGAAAAUAUUCCUCGACCACGUCAGAAGCCGGACGAUCCCUCAUGAUCUUCUUUCGUACUUCACCGAAGCUGGUGUACCAUUCUAUGAUGGAUGUCUCAUUGUUCAAGUUCACGACCACAAGUCUCUUGCGCAAGCGAAGAAUGUUGCCAAACCCACAAAAGGAAAGGGCUCCGUGAUGCCAUCAUCCAUUCAUAACUACAACCAAUGUCUUACACCAUCGCCGAAUGUUCCUUUCCCUAAAGAGAGUUUGUCAAAUGGCGAUGGAAGCUCAAAAGCCAAUGAUGUGGCUGAGAAGGAAAAUGCUCCUGUCAUGCCAGCACCGGAGGAGCAGAAAGACAGAGCGACAAAGCCACGGGUCUUUACUAUGGUACUCCAUCCGACGCCCGAAAGUUUACAGAUGGACCUGUUAAUAAAGGCUUCUACCCCCCGAGGACUGAGUGAUGGCCUUGGCCAACCCCCCUCAACGCCAAUGCCUCUUAUUCCUCCGACACCUACAGCUGGCAGCAUGCCGCCCCCAGCAAAGCGCCAGAAGCGUGAAAAGACAGAGCUUGACGGCAGCAAUAUUCAUGCUGCAGAGGGACAGAUCCUGUUGGCGACAAACGCGCCAUUGGUGCUUGAACCUACGAAGAAUGUUGAGGAAACAAUUAUCCUCAUGGAGGCAAUGAGCCACCCCAAGCAUGCAGAGGCUCCUCCUCAGCCCAAAACACGGAAGCGAACUGUUGCCGAGAUGGCUGCGGACGAAGCCGCUGCUGCAGAGACGGAACGCUUCAUGCUGGUUGCCGACGAGCGUCUUGCACCAAAUGCAAAUGGAGCGCAGAAUGGUGGUGCAGCAGAUGGCGAUGCCUCAGGCGGUGCAUCAGCAUUCGAGCCUCGAUUCGAACGAUUCAAGGUUUUGGCUGACAUCAGUCGAGAACAUGCCGAGAAGAAGGAACAAGAGAAGCUCAAGCAGCUGGAGAAUGACAGGAAAUUGCAACAAGCGAAACAGCAACAGCAGCAAGAUGCGGUCGCGUUGGCUCAGAAGCAAAAUGCCGAACAAGAAAGACUCCGACGGGAGGCUGCUGCGAGAGAAGCCCAGAUGCGACAGGCUGAAGCUCAACGACAAGCCCAAGCUCGUGCCCAAGCCGCGAAUCAGGCCAACCAGACCAACCAAAAUGCUCAGAGGGUUAACGGGACCCAACCACAGCACGGCCAUCCUCAAAACAAUGUUGCCACCAACGGAGUCAAUAACGCAGCUGUGGGAACCCCCCAAAUGGCUAACAAUAUGCCUCCGCAAGCACAACCCCGCUUCCAGGCUCAGAUCACUCAACCACCAGCGUCUUCUCCAGUUGCUCACCAAGGUACCCCUCAGCAUAUGUCAUCCCCUAUGGUCGGUAGCGUCCCAAUGCAGCAGACCAACUCUGGCAUGGCAAACAGCCCCCCCAGGCCGUCUUCUGUCGUCCAAAACCCCGCAGCUAUGUCUGUCCCAAUGGCUCACAACAUGUCUUCUAGGGGUAGUCAACAGAGUCAUCCCUCUGGUACCCCAAGAAUGCCUCAUUCAACGCCCAACAUGGCACAGGGUACUCCCAUCAACAGGCCAGCCAUGGUGGCAACUCCUCGCAUGAGCCAGGCAAGCCCCCCACCGGCUAUGAUGGCCCAGAACUCGCAGCCUGGUCAAGGCAUGAUGAUGAAUGGCCAGGGCAUGAACCAAAUGAACCCACAAUACGCGGCUCAAUUGGCGCAACAACGUGCUGUACAGCAACAGCAGCAGAUGGCCAUGCAAAAUGGUAUUAGCGGCGGCAACAUGAGCCAGAUGAGCCCUCAGCAGCAGCAGAUGAUGCAAGCGAUGCAAAGGCAAUUGAUUGCUCAGCAACAAGCCCAACAGCAGGGUAACAUGAUGAGCCCUCAACAGCAGCAACAGCAGCAGCAGAUCGCGGCCCAAUAUGCCCAGCAAAUGCAGAACAUGUCGGGCAACCAGAUGCGACAAUUCACCCCUCAAAUGCAGGCACAGUUGCAACAGAUGAUGCGCAUGAACCAACUGAAUGGUCAGAUGGGCAAUAGUCCUAUGCAGCGUCAAGUCAGCGGGCAGAUGAUGAAUAACGGUAUGAACCUGCAAGCUUUCCAGGCGAUGCAGCAGCAAAGGCAGCAGCAGCAAGCCCAACAGCAGGGUAACAUGAUGAGUCCCCAACAGCAGCAACAAGCCCAGCAACAGCAACAGCAGCAACAGGCUCAACAACAAAUGGGGCAGAUGGGGCAGAUGGGGCAGAUGGGGCAACAAAACCCAAUUCAGGCGCAACUGCACCAACAAGCCAGGUCACUUUUUAAUAGGAUGUUACCAACGAUAGCUCAGAAGUAUGGUGGUCAAGACCACAUCCCGCAAGAAGUGCUCGAUAAGAUGAAGGCGCAGAGCAUGGCGCAAGCUCAAACCUUUAUGCAAGCUUCCAUGGCACAGCGGCGACAGCAACAACAGAUGAUGAUGCAGCAGCAGCAGCAACAACAGCAACAACAGAUGCAACAGCAGCAGUUGCAGCAACAGAUGCAGCAGCAAAUGCAGGGGAUGAAUGGAAUGAUGGGUGGUCCCCAGGGAAUGUGAUAUCGCGAACGAGACCUGACAAGAUAAUAAUGGACAGAAUUAAUGUCACGGCAGACAGGAGCAGAGGAUUGGAACCAGGUGGUCGAUCAAAGGAGUUCAGGUUGGACCAGCAUGCUAUUUUUACACGGUUUAUGAGUUUGGGCAGAUUUAUACCCCACGGAAAGUUUUCAACUCGGGCUCAAGGGUUUUAUCGAGGCUGUCUUAUGCGUUUGGCUGUUUUGUUCUGGACAAGGUAAUGCAGUGAUGGAUUUCGCUGUUCUUGGUGUUACAGGUUGGAAGAAAGUAUUGACUGUAUCAUUAUUAGAGGUGGUCUGUUAUAUCAUCAUCUCUUUUACGAAGCCCGAGAAUCAACCAUGAAUAAAUAAGAAAAAAAGAAAGAAUAGUAUUACCCCAGGAUUAUGAUGCGUUUGCCAUGUGGUUUAGCCGUUGUAAC